CAAUCCGUCGCUCGGACUUAGUAUUACAUCCGUAAGCCAUAUAUCAGAGUAAAGCCAAGCUUCAUCGUGCCAGACAGCUCCCAAGUUACACCACUUUCUCCACUCCUCCAGUUAAAUAUUCACAAACACUCUGGUGCAUGCUCGGUAGACCUACAGUUUAAGCAAUACUCCACGACUCUACUCCAGAAUGCCUCUCGUAGCCACGAACCCGAAACCGAGAGUGAUCCUAGGUCUUAUGACCUUUGGACCUCACCCUGAGCAGGGAGCCAGAAUCACGUCAAUGGACGAGUACAAAAAGUGCUUGGACUACUUCCAGCAGCAGGGCUACAAUGAAGUAGACACUGCUCGCGUCUACGUGGGCGGCACCCAGGAGGCCUUUACCACAGAGGCUGGCUGGAAGGAGAGGGGCCUGACCCUGGCUACGAAGUGGUAUCCGCAAACCCCUGGCGCGCAUAAGCCGGCAGUGGUCAGGGAGCAGUUGGAAAAGAGUCUGGCCGAAUUGAAGACGAAUUGUGUCGACAUAUUCUAUCUCCAUGCUCCAGACCGGAGUGUUCCAUUCGACGAGACGCUUGAGGAGGUAAAUAAGCUUCACAAGGAGGGCAAGUUUGUUCAGCUGGGUUUGAGUAACUUCACCGCGUUUGAAGUUGCGGAGGUUUGUAUCAUGUGUAGGGAGCGUGGGUGGGUAAAGCCUACCAUCUAUCAGGGAAUGUAUAAUGCUAUCACUCGCUCUCUCGAAACGGAACUUAUUCCUGCGUGCCGCCGAUACGGCCUCUCGGUCGUCGUUUACAACCCCCUUGCCGGAGGCCUCUUCAGCGGCAAGAUCAAAGCCCCCGAAGAUGUCGGGACGGAAGGACGCUUCAGCGAUGCGACCAAGGUGGGCGCCAUGUAUCGACAGCGGUACUUCAAGGACGCCACCUUUGACGCGCUGAGAAUUAUCAGCCCGGUUGUCGAGAAGCAUGGCCUCACGCUGCUUGAGACGGCAUUGAGGUGGGUUGUGCACCAUUCUGCGCUGAAUGUCAAGGGCGAUGGUCUGGGCAACCAGGACGGUAUCAUCAUCGGUGUCAGCAGCUUUGGCCAGCUGGAAAGUAACCUGGCCGAUUGCGAAAAGGGGCCUCUGCCUGACGACGUCGUGAAGGCUUUGGAUGAGGCCUGGCUCGUGACAAAGGCUACGACUCCAAAUUACUGGCAUUUGGACCUGAAAUAUACUUAUAAGCUGAAGAUGUAAGACUUGAAUGGGAUGAAGUUGUCGCGGCUUGAUCACAUGUAAAGUAGAAAGAAAACGAUUUCAUGAUAUCUCGCUGUGAGAGCUUUCUAAACGCCGCUAAGUCAAGGUCAUACACCUGUUGUUCAACACUUGAGCAACUCUUGGAAAGGAUUAAAUACAGAUGU